AUGGACACAAGCAACCCCAUGGAUAACCUCGAUAGAAUCCACCAGGUACUUUAUGAUGUGAGAUCAAUUAAUCUGCAGGGUUCCAGUAAGAAAAUCGAAAUUAGAUCCGCUCCCAUCGGCGUCGUUUUGUCACUAACAGCACAAGCAUCCGCACAAACACCCAAGAACCUCCUUCACGCAAUCACCAUCAUCCUCCCCGAACUCGAGAAACAUGGAUACACCCGUGAAGCAGAUAGCCUACGCGACACGGUCACCCACUGCGCCCUGAUACCGGAUUUUGGCGGCCUAGGCCUCUCCGAGAAUCAGCUAGACCUACAAGCUAACCAGGAACGCGAAAUCCUAUUCCUCCUAUCAGCGUACCUGGAAGCGUUGAACUACCAGGACCGCCACGCCACACCACCGCCUGAACCGCUUCUUUCCAGACCCCCCGGGCGCCGUGGGAUGACGCUAGCCGAGAAGAUAUUCGCGGCGCACGAUGUGCGGAGAAAAGGCGCGGUCAGAGCCGGAGAGGUCAUCCGCGUCGAUGUCGACUGGGUUAUUGCGUCAGAGCUGUCUUGGUCCGGGAUGGAGAAGACGUACAAUGACCUUGGGAGACCGGGGAUAUUCCGUAAUGAUCGUGUCUGGAUUGCAGGCGACCAUGUCGUUGAUCCGAGGGUGCGGCAGAGCCCGAAGAUCAAGGCGCUUGUCGAUGCGAGUGAGCGCGCGCGGCGGGUAUUCAAGCUGACGGAGUAUCAGGGGAUGAAUUAUACCAUUAUGCAUACCGAGUUCUGUCGGGAGAGGGCUCAGCCCGGUAUGCUUGUUAUCGGGUCGGACUCGCAUACCUGUUCGGCGGGUUCGGUGUCCUGUCUUGCGGUGGGAUUGGGAGUUGCGGACGUCACGAUGCCCCUGGUUACUGGUGAGACGUGGUUUAGGGUACCGGAGACCGUGGAGAUCAGGUUCAUCAAUAAGCCCCGGCCUGGUCUUGGGGGUAAGGAUGUGAUUCUGUACAUUUUGAAGGAACUCAAGCGGAAUACAGUCGCGGCAGAGCGUGUCGUCGAAUAUACGGGACCGGGAUCGAGGCACCUGUCGUGUGAUGCACGAUUCGCAAUCUCCAAUAUGACAACGGAGUUCGGCGGCGUCACCGGGAUAUUCGUACCGGACGAAAGAACGCAGGAAUUCAUCGCCCGACGAAAGAACCCCAAGUACAAGCGACAGGCGAAUUACUACAAACCAGACCCAGACGCUCGAUACGCGGAAUCACACACAAUCGACCUGGCGAACGUCGAGUCCUUCAUCGCCCGCUACCCGAAUCCAGACGAUGUCGUCCCCGCCAGCGUCGUAGCAGACACCGCAUUGGACGGAUGCUUCAUCGGCGCAUGCACGACUGCACGCGAGGACCUUAUCCUGGCAGCCCUGGUGCUCGAGGCUGGAUUGAAGCGUGGAAUGGUACCCGUCAAGCACGGGAAACGCAAAGUAGUGCCCGGAUCGCUGCCUAUCCUGCAUGAUCUGAGGGCCCGCGGUCUCGCGGGGAUAUACGAGCGGGCCGGGUUCGAAGUCGGGGUUCCCGGAUGCAGUUAUUGUGUGGGAAUGUCGGCGGACAAGGCCGGGCCCGGAGAAGUGUGGUUGAGUAGCCAGAACCGGAACUUUGAGAAUCGCAUGGGCCCCGGGGCCCUUGGAAGUAUCGCGUCUGCAGUGACCGUCGCGGCGAGCAGUUUCCGGAUGAAAAUAACCGAUCCCACAUCCCUCCUAGACGGAAUCGACCUGGAAAGGCUCGAGGAGAUGCUAGGUACACCGGAAAGCCCUACGACAAGCCCUGUGCAAUACGUAGAGCCAGCCCAAGUGGGAUCUGCAGAGUCCCCCGAGACGGAGCAGGAAUGCGUCAAGAACCGCCCCGGCACCAGCCCUGUCUCCUCUCCGAGCCAGAGGUACAUCCGAGGAAAAGCCCAAGUCCUCGGGGACUUCAUCGACACGGACGCACUGGCGCCGUCGGAGGCACUGACGGGCAACCUGACCCGAGAAGAAAUGGGCUGCUACUGCCUGUACCACACCCACCCUGACUUCCGCCAGAAGGUCCAAGACGGGCUCGACAUUGUGGUGGCCGGCAAGGCAUUCGGCGUGGGCUCAUCCAGGGAGAACGCAGUGACUGCAUUACAGGGCGCUGGUGUCCAGUGCGUGAUUGCCCGUUCCUUCGCAUUCAUCUACGCGCGGAACCAGCCGAGUCUGGGCCUGCUGGGAUUCGUAAUGGAGGACGACGAGUUCUAUGACCUGGUGGCGGACGGAGAGGACCUCGAGGUUGAUCUCGCGAGAGACGUCGUGAGGGUAAACAACAGGGAUUUCCCAUUCCGCCUGAGUAGACUCGAGCGGACGCUCUGGGAGACUGGAGGGAUAGCCCCCGCGUUUGCGAAAUGGGGCAAGGAUGUUCUGUCUGUGGUGACAGGAGGCAGCAUCAAGCACGGCGGGACUGGGCAGGACCGGAGCUUGAAUUGGUGAAGCAGGCAGACAGACGCCGGAGGAUACUUGGCUUCCGAUAUAAAACAAUGCUAC